AUGCAGCGCAAAGUGGACGUCGAGGGCAGCGAGAUGAAGGUGCAGCGGUGGACGGCAAGCAAGCGUCGGAUCGAGAGAUUGGGUCGAACGGCGAUUAGGCUUUUGACGCCCGACAAAGGCGACUCGAGCGCGGGCAGAGCGCUGCGAAAUGCGAAUUUUCUGCCACCGAUGCGAGCCAAUCUGCAGUCGGCGGUCAAAGUGCAUUUUUCUCGAUUCAGCCUGGCGGGACGCCCCACCCAACAGCCCCCAACAGACCCCAACAGCCCCCACUGCAGCUCGCCAUGUCGCCAGCUGCUGCUUUGCCUGACUCUGCUGGAGUGGCACUUGUCCACCGACGGCAACCCUGGCGGCCAACCACCUCUACAGCGACCUUCCGAGAGCGAGCAUCACAGGAGAAGAUCGUUGAGGCUCACCAAGGUUGUCCAGGGUUCGGCCCAGGGUCACGGCGAAGAAAUGCUAGGCGAACCUCGGUGCGAGAGGAACGUGCUAUCAGUCAUCUCCACAUCGACCGAUGCAGUGACAAGGACCAGCGGAUCGGUAGAUCCUGGCUGUCACAACGCGCUGCUACCCAUCCUACCCAUCCUACCCCUCCUACCCUUGCAACGUCGAUGCCUUUUCGGCCUGCACGAUGACGAAACGCUCGCUCUGUCAAGCGUGGGGCUCUGCGGUGAAGCUCGCCUCAGCACGAGCGUCGAUCCCGGAUCUUUCGAAGGUACGCUUCAGAUGUCGCUGAUGCUCAUCGCGCUGUCGUCGGCGCAUCCGGAUGCACUAAGCGUCCUGCGUGUCCUGUUCCCGGCAUCCUCAAUCCUGGCGGAGAGAGCUUAA